AGGGAGGGAAGCAAAAGAGUCCCGAGGCUUUGGCCUGCGCCUCCCUCGCCUGUCAAGCAUUUGAUUUCAUUGUUGCGGGCUGAUGUCACUCCCAGUUGUGACAGGCGCCUCUCCGGGUGACAAUGUGGGACUAGGAGGCACAAAGGACCCCUCCGGAUAUCCCCCGCAGAUUUGGCAGCUUCAACACCUACUAGACCCAGGGUGUUGGUUUUCUUAGAAGCAGAUCCAUGCAUUCCUACAUUAUGGCAUCACCAGAUAGGAUGAGUGGCUCAGAUAAUGGAAUAGAAGAGACAGAACUCAGCAUCACCCUCACCCUCCGGAUGCUUAUGCAUGGGAAAGAAGUUGGCAGCAUCAUAGGCAAGAAAGGGGAGACUGUAAAGAGGAUACGAGAGCAGAGUACAGCCCGAAUCACCAUUUCAGAAGGAUCCUGUCCAGAACGGAUCACCACUAUUACAGGAUCCACUGAUGCUGUUUUCAGAGCUGUUUCCAUGAUCGCUUUCAAGCUAGAAGAGGACCUGGGAGCUGGGGCUGUCAAUGGAGGAACUGUAUCCAAGCCACCAGUAACUCUGAGGCUAGUGAUCCCAGCCAGCCAAUGUGGCUCACUCAUUGGCAAAGCAGGAGCUAAAAUAAAGGAGAUUCGAGAGACUACUGGAGCACAAGUCCAGGUGGCUGGGGACCUUCUCCCCAACUCCACAGAGAGGGCUGUGACUGUCUCUGGAGUUCCAGAUGCCAUCAUCCAGUGUGUGCGACAGAUCUGUGCUGUUAUCCUGGAGUCACCACCAAAAGGUGCCACUAUUCCCUAUCAUCCCAGCCUGUCCUUGGGACCAGUUCUUCUUUCAGCCAAUCAGGGGUUCUCCAUGCAAGGACAAUACAGUGGUAUAUCUCAGGCAGAGGUGACAAAGUUGCAGCAGCUAUCUGGACACCCUGUGUCAUUUUCUUCCUUGGGACAAGCUCCAUCUAUAGUAGCAGGCCUGGACACAAACUCUCAGAAUAGCUCUCAAGAGUUCUUGGUUCCCAAUGAUCUCAUUGGCUGCAUCAUUGGCCGCCAGGGCAGCAAGAUCAGUGAAAUCCGGCAGAUGUCCGGAGCCCACAUCAAAAUUGGGAACCAGACGGAGGGUUCCGCUGAACGUAAUGUGACCAUCACAGGCACACCAGUCAGCAUCACCUUGGCUCAGUACCUCAUCACAGCCUGUUUAGAGACGGCCAAAUCUACCUCCCAGACGCCCCCCGUUGACCUCGGCAUGACUUUCUCCCAGCCCCUCACCCCUUCGCCAGCCCCAACGCUGACAGCAGUGGCCGCACCUCCCCCAGCCUUGCUUGGUGCCCCUUAUGCCAUCUCCCUCUCCAACUUCAUCGGCUUGAAACCUGUCCCCUUCUUGACGCUGCCCCCUUCCUCAGCAACGGGGCACAGUGGCAACCUUGCCACAUACACGACCAAGAUCUCCACAGUCAAUGCCAGCAAGAAGGCUGAGAGACAGAAGUUCUCCCCAUACUGAAGCAGGAAGGUGGGCUGUGGGCCAGGGAGGGGAAAUAUUUGGGGGCCCUCACAUGCUUUGUUAGAUGGUAUCAGCAUCAGGCCACUUCCAAAGCAGGACUACAUGGGGGGGGAAACUAAGUAAGGUGUGAGGGGAAAGCCAACUUUAUAAGAAAGUAAGGGAGUAGGAGAAAGUAUAACUUGGAGAGCUGUUAAAAGCAAUGCUCACCAGAAGUCAGUCAGAGGCGUUAUUCUUUUGUGUAGAUCCCAUCUGUCCUGCUUGAGAUGUCUUGUGGCAGGUAAGACCAUCUGAACAUCAUGGUUUUGCCUCUGUUCAACAGUGUCUCCUUCAUAUUUGGAAGUAUUAUUUUCCUUUACCUUCCAUAAACCUUUCUCAUCUGUUUCGGGAAAGAGCUCUCUCCCAUUUGAUUUCCUAGUAUGUUUUCAGGAAUACAUGUUGCAUAAUGAGAAUUUGACAACCCAACAAAUUCUUUGUAUUAUAUUGAAAGAGCUAGUGGUCUUGGGAAAGUUCUCACCUUGACUGUGGCAGUAGAUUGAACCUGUUGUGACGAUAGUAAAGAAUAUGCUGUGCUGCUAUGUCUCAUUGAUUGCAUUUUCAAGGACAGAGCUGGAAGGUGCUACGAUUUAUAUGACAUUACUGGAAGCUGUGUAGGACAGAGAUGUAACAGAAAGUGUCAAGAAAACAUGUUGGUCCACUGUCUCCAGUGUAAUUCUCAUUUGUCUUGUUACAACUAAAUAAGAAUAUGAAAAAGAGCUUUCGUGACUUCCAGCCUGGCCCUCAGUAUCAUAUAGCAAGCAUCAUUAAUCUAGUAUCCUUUGUCAUUGCAUUGGUCUACCAAUCCUGUCACCUCCAUCAGUUGCCUGAGGCUCAUGUGAGCUUUACUCUGACACAGCACCAGGUUGCAGGAGGCUGUCAUUCAUGUGUCUGGAUUUUUUGCUUCCUCCUAUGGACUUGCUACAAUAAUUUUAAAAAGGAACUGAAGGGAAUAAUUCUCACCAGAUGUUCCUUUCUUGUUGAGAGAAGCUGGUACAGCAAACCAUGAACAUAUACUUGGCUUUCUUCUCUGGAAAACUGAGCAAAUACUAAUCACAAGUAGCUUUGCUCUGCAGUCACAUUAAUUGCUAGCAUUGAACGCCAAUCUCAACUGUAGAAAUAUGGGUGACAUUUGGGCCCCCAUUAUUUAUGGCAGAUACCUCAAGAAAUCUGUCCUUUUCAGGACAUGUAAUGUCAUGUCUUUCCAAUAAAGCACCUUUGAAUUGACCUGUUGCUUUUUUGGGGUGGUGUCUCCAAUAAGCAUGUGCUAAUUUUGCUUUUAUCCCUUAUAGUUCAACCCUAGCCAUGUUUCUUCAGAAAUGGAUCCCACUCUUUUCAGUGAGCAUUACUCCCUGGGAUCCACUGGAAACUGCCUUAUUAUGAUUCAAACCACUGAUCUAUCUAGCACAGUAUUAAACCUAGAACAGCUGCUUCCCACAGUUUCCAUGGAGUUUGUUCCCAAACUUUUGUAGAGGAAGAGACGGAGGACUGACACUGCGACUUUCAGAACGCAGAGCUUGUCAUCCACAUCUGAGCUACAGACCUUCCCAGGAAGGAGGUUUACCUCUUGCCAUGUGUCAAUAUCAUAAGGGUCCUUGUUUAGUCAGAAUAUGUCUGUGUAAGUGAAGAACAAGCACCCGGAGGUGCAUGCUGAGGCAUAUACCCGUAUUUUUCGCUCCAUAAGACAGAACUUUCCAUAAGACGCACCAUUUUUUUAGGAGAAGAA